CAAGCAUUAAAGGUUAUUGGUAAGAUGAAAAAGGAUGAAUUGUUAUAUCACGCGAAAAGGUUAAAUUCACAUUUAAAUGCAAACAUCAAAAUUGCAAAAAGUUAUAAAAAGUCAGUUAUAAAUAAUAACUUAGUAUCAUACUUGGGGUCAAUCUCAAAAGAUACCACCAGAGCAAAUCAGGCGCUUGAAAUUGUUUUAUCAAAAUGGUCCCGUAAUACUAAUACAAAAAAGAUCAGUGAUAACAUCAAUAUAAAUAACAAUCUUGCAGCAUUAAAGGUUAUUGGUAAGAUGAAAAAGGAUGAAUUGUUAUAUCACGCGAAAAGGUUAAAUUCACAUUUAAAUGCAAACAUCAAAAUUGCAAAAAGUUAUAAAAAGUCAGUUAUAAAUAAUAACUUAGUAUCAUACUUGGGGUCAAUCUCAAAAGAUACCACCAGAGCAAAUCAGGCGCUUGAAAUUGUUUUAUCAAAAUGGUCCCGUAAUACUAAUACAAAAAAGAUCAGUGAUAACAUCAAUAUAAAUAACAAUCUUGCAGGAUUGUAUUCAAACAAUGAUUUAAGAUUUAAAUCAUCUCCAUUUUAUAACAUUAUUGAAAGAUUAUCACUACCAAAAAUAUGUUCUGUUACAAGUUCUAAUGAGAUUGUUCUUUUGGAUUUUGUUCUCAAUUCUAAUCAAGUUGGAAAAUUAAAGUCAAGUCCCAGAUAUAAGAUAAACUUAUUUUGUUGCUCUGCUGAACAAAAUUUACAAAAUAUACAAAAUGAAUCAUUGGUUGAAUUCCCUGAUUCUUGUGAAGUUAGAGUCAAUCAUAAAAUGUCACCUUAUAGAAAGAGCAGAUCAGAUGCACAACCCCCUCGAGACAUCACAGAUUUAUGCAAAGUAACUUCAGCACAUGUAAAUCAAGUCCAUUUUGGAUUUGCAGCUACUUCAAAGAAAUACUUGAUAAUUGUAUUGUUGAUUAAAACUAUCUUAGUUGAAGAAAUUGUUGAUAAGAUUAAGAAUGGAAAAUACAUUGAAAAAGAAGCUGUUUUAGAAAAAAUUAAAAAACAAAUUCAAGAUUCCGAUGUAGUUGCAACCUCAACAAAAACUACUGAAGAUCAAGAAACAAUUGUAAUUGAUUCAAAUGGCAAUUGGUCAGAAUGUAAAAAAGCCUAUAAACUUCACGAUAUUGAUGAAUCUGAUGAUACAUUUAAUAAACAUUCUCCAAAUAAAAAAAGAAAGAUAGAAAAUAAUAUUUUCAUUGUAGAUUCAAGUGAUGGUGAAGGCGAGGAAAACAAUUGUGGUGAAGAGAGCAAUGUUAAAGAUAUUCAAACAAUGGCUACUGAAAUUGAAAAGGCUGCUGAUGCUAAAUCCAUUAAUAUUAAUCAAAAUUUAAUUAAUAAUAUCAUUAGAACUAAUAGUACUUUAAAUAAUUUUAAUAACACUAUUACUGUGGAUUGUAAUGGUAGUGUCACUACUAUGGAUAAUAAUGGCCAGGUCACUAUUGAUCCAAAUGGAAAUUGUAUUAGUUAUAAUUGUCAAGAUAUUCAUAAUUAA